AUGACAGUCCUGGCCUUUGGCGCCGCCGCUACCUGGCCGGAGGCCGUCGUCCAGUGCCUCCUCUUCGUCCUCGCCGCGGGUAUGCUCGUGGCCCUCCACUCCCUCCCCCGCCGAGUUGCCCAUCGUCUCCGCCGCGGCGCCGGCGGCUCCUCGGCCGCUCAAUCGCGCCGGCACUUCGCGCUGGGUGCCCAGCUCCUCGCCCGCGCGCGAGCCGCUGCUCCGAAGCCCCCGGGCCCGCUCGCCCGCGCGGCCCUCGCCGAGGCCGACCGCGCCAUCGCGCUCGACCCCCGCGACGCAGCGCCGCUGAUCCUCAAGGCCCUCGCCCUCGACCUCCAGGGUCACCGCCUCCCGGCGCUGCGCACCCUCGACGUCGCCCUGGCGCCGCCGCUCGCGCGAUCCCUGGAACCGCGGGAGCGCGGGGACGCGCUCGCCAAGCGCGCCGAGAUCACGCUAGCGCUUAACCGCCGCCGCCGCCUCGACCAGGCCGCCGCGGAUCUCACCGAGGCCGUCCGCCUUAGCCCCGAGAACCCCCGCGCUCAUGCCCUGCUUGGCGAGUGCUACGAGAGGAGGGGCCUCGCUGCCGAAGCCAGGAACUCCUUCAAGACCGCCGCGUCAAUCGACCCAUCUCUUGCUACCGCGCACGACGGCCUCCGUCGGACAGGCGCAGGCAGCGAAGUCAACGAGAGUGACUGA